GUGCAACCUAUAAAUUGAAUACCAGCUGCUUUCAAAGGUAAAUUUGAUGCACAUUCUCCCCCCAAAUCCAAAAUGUGCCUUUCAACCCUAAAAGGAGCCUCGGAGGCGCAAUGGAGGUUUUGUUGAAAGUCGCCGGGGCAACUAUACAUCAAAUUUUGCAAUCUCAACGGCAAGACUGCUCUACAAAAAGCAAUCCUAGCUUGCUGAAAUGCAAAGUUUGUGGAGAAAGACCUUCUACUCUCCCCCCACAGCCCGUCCCUGCCUCCUCAAGCCCUGAGCACAAGGCAGCCAUUGCGGCAGUCUUCUGCUUCAAAUUACUGGCUGUAGGUGUUCCGGUUUAGGCCUUGACUUCCGGGACUUUGGUUUUACUGAGCACUUUGUCAGUCUUGGGCAACCGCUGAAAGUGCCCGGGGAUUCAGCGGAAGUGACCGUCGAUGUCACUUCCUCUGGUUCUGAACCGUCCGAUGCACAUAUUUAUCUGAACAUUCUAGGGGACAAGAAGUUUAUGCCAGACAGGAAUUUGUUAAAAUUGUGAUCUGCUGUGGCAGUGCAGCAGUACCAAGCCUCCAACGAGCUCUCUGAUUUGCAAAGGUAGAAGGUGCUUUGCAACAAGAAAGUGUUGCGCGAAAAACGUGCAGUCACUGGCUGAGGAAGAUAAGCUUUCUUUCAUUAGAUGCUCAAUUGACAGAGGGAACUUUCUGGUCCACUCAAUCUUUCCAGUAAGAUCGUGCAGGGAACGGCGAAAUUUGUAGUGUGGGAAAAUGCAGGGCGCUUACAGCCCCGCUCCGCCUGGCCAGCUUGUGUUCAAGCAAGGGCACUCUCCAAGCAUGUCCUCUGGUCCGACAGUUGAGCAACAGCAAGCACGAUUGAGGAGUCUCAGAGCAGUGGCACUCGUUCUCCAGAAGGAGGGGGCCGCUACCCACAACUGGCGAUUGCAGCGAACCCAAGAAGAUCAGCAGGUGCGGCUGGAAGAGGAAGAGUCCGCACUCGCAAGGUACCAGGAAAACGCACAGCUGCUCACGAGGCUGUUCACUCCUACAGAGGAGGAGACGGAACAGGGACGAUGGGCCGAGCUCAGAGAAAAAAGUUUGCAGUCUGAGUUAGAUGUGGAUAGGGUGAGGGCUUACGAAGGAGAUGCUAAGGAACCAAGCUCAGCAGGCGCGACUGGCAGGGGGAUCAGCGAGGGGGCAAUCAGUGGGGGGCUCGACGUGACAGGGACACGGGGGGUUUUUGAGGAUCUCGAGCAGGUGAUCAAGUGCCUGCAUCCAGGAGAAACCUCUGAGCAAGAGGGGAGUCGGAAGCAGGCGCUUGAGAAACUGAGAAGUUUGGCUAGGGAGUUUGAGAUUGACGGAGGAGGAGGCGAGGGGUCUCUUCCUGUGUCGCCUAGAAAGGGAAAGCGGAAAGCUGAGCCUCAAGAGGAGGCAAAGGCUGGAUGUAUCGAGAGCUUUGGGCAGCUCCUUGUGGAGGCCGGGAAUGUAACUAGCAACCUAGAGAUCAGGGAGUCUGAGAGGGCAUAUUUGCAAGCGCUAAAGAAGGCGUGUCAUUUGCCGCGCCUGCCGGAGGGAGAGGAUGCGAUUUCGCAGGAGUGUUGGCCAGUCUGUAGCAAGCAGUCGUGUAGGACACGUCUUGAUGGAGAAGAAGAAGACGACAUGCAAAGACAUGUUGAGGUAUUGACCAGCUGUCAAUUGUGAUUCUAAUGAGAUGGCCGCUUUUGGUGCGACCUAUAACGCGCC